UGUUAUGUUUUUCAUCCUGCCAAGGAAUCCAAAAACAUCAGCUGUCUCCCGUUUCCCGAGAGUUCGCCGACCAGUUUUGCUUUCAAACUGAAGAAAAAAACUACAGUUUAACUUCACCAGGCACAAUCAUCAGAAUGAGAUGCAGGAAAAUAUUUUCAUUUUACCGUUCAGUAUGAGAAACAUUUUACAAGUGAUAAUCGUGUAUGCCCAAAAGGUAUUUGUGCGGAUCUGCGAAUCCGGUUUUUGUGGAAUAAUUCAACCAAGGGCUAUGAUGUAGCAGCGGUGGAGAGUAAGUCCAAUCAUACGGCUUCAUCCCACCCCGGCAGCAGAUGAGCGCUGGCGAAUGUUCUCAGCCACCUGGAGGAGGAGGUUCAGCGCGGAAGAAAUGUUACCAGACAUCGCCGAUCUGGUGUUUGGACUUAUUUGAUAAUUUCAUAGAGAUUGGGUGUGCAGAUGGGCGGUUGGAGUUCUGGGAGGGAACGACUGGUAACUUUAAGGGUAUAUAUGAAGCCGAAAACAUCCACAACAAUGGAGUAACUAACAUAAAGCUCGCCGGUGACAAAGUGAUAGUCCCACGGUUGAGUGGACGAAUCGAUUCUCUGAGACUAGAAACGUACACGCAAGGUUGUCAGAUCGAUUGGGGUUUACGUCUGCAUAUGGGCGAACCCACGUACGCACCGGUUCGGCAGGAAGCAUUAGUUUAUUUCAGCAAUCCGUCCACAGCUUUGCCAGCUCAACAUAACGCAUCCGAGGAGGAGCUUCGAUGUAUUCUGGAGUUUCACCAGCAGGGUUACCGGUGACAUGUUUGGAAGUGGCGGGCGGUUGACUGGCAGCCAAGGCCACACUGUUAAAGUGUUCUGAUUCG